CUCCUUCCUUCCUCCUAGAGACCUUGCCUUUCUCAUUUCAGUCUGAGCUACCUUCUCGCUGUCCCUCCCUCAGGUUGCCGCUGACAUGCCCAAGAGAAAGGCUGAAGGGGAUACCAAGGGUGACAAGACCAAAGCAAAGGAUGAGCCACAGAGGAGACCAGCAAGGUUAUCUGCUAAACCUGCUCCUCCAAAGCCAGAACCCAAACCUAAAAAAGCAGCUCCAAAGAAAGGUGAGAAGGUACCUAAGGGAAAGAAGGGAACUGACACAGGCAAGAAUGGAAAUAACCCUGCAGAAAAUGGAGAUGCCAAAACAGACCAGGCACAGAAAGCUGAAGGGGCUGGGGAUGCCAAGAGACUUGUGUGAAUUUUUGAUAACUGUGUACUUCUGGUGACUGUACAGUUUCAAAUACUAUUUUUUAUCAAGUUUUACAACAA